GACGUCACGAUACUAGCGACCUCUUCGAGAGGUCCACAAACUAAGGUAAAUUAUUUAUCCUCGGUUUGUCGAUCAUUAAAAAAAAUCAUAAAUCAAUUAGAAGUUAGAUUACCGGGAGCAGACCAUGGGUAACGAGAGCUCUCUACCCAUGGAGCUAUGCUCUAACUUCGAUGCUGACGAAAUUCGGCGUCUUGGUAAAAGAUUUAGAAAAUUAGAUCUGGAUAAUUCGGGUGCUCUCAGCAUCGACGAGUUUAUGUCUUUGCCUGAACUGCAGCAGAAUCCUCUAGUUCAACGUGUGAUCGACAUAUUUGAUGCAGAUGGUAAUGGGGAAGUUGAUUUUAAGGAAUUUAUACAGGGUGUAUCUCAAUUCAGCGUUAAAGGGGAUAAGCUGUCGAAAUUGAGAUUCGCUUUUCGAAUUUACGAUAUGGAUAAUGAUGGAUACAUCUCGAACGGGGAACUCUUCCAGGUUCUGAAGAUGAUGGUAGGUAACAACUUGAAAGACACCCAGCUUCAGCAGAUCGUCGAUAAAACCAUCCUAUUCGCAGAUAAGGAUGAAGACGGUAAAAUAUCAUUCGACGAAUUCUGCAACGUUGUCGGUAACACCGACAUACACAAAAAAAUGGUCGUCGACGUCUAAAACAAUCAUACUUCAACUUGGAGCCUGAUAAAUUAGAUAAUCGCUAUAAAAUAGCAACGCAAAAUAUUUCUUUUCCCCUAAUUUAUAUCUCGUCACUGCUUUGAAAAAAUUCACCUUGUAUAGUGCGUCAGGACGUCAAGUUGGGUAGAGCAGUCGUAGUUUGUAAGUCCAUUUAAAUAUUUCACUGUAUAAAUCUAAUAAGAGGAGCUCAUUAUGCGUGUUUUGUGCUUUCCCGUUGAAUAUUUUAUAAAAAAGGAAAAAUUUUCAAAAUAGUUGUUCUUUAUACUUUAAAUCUAAAUGUCGUGUGUGUGUAUAGCUUUCAAACUAAAAAAAAAAUAUAUAAUCUAUACCUAAUGCUUGAAUAUACAUAUAUCGCUUGAAAAUGUGGAACUUUUCACACAAAAAUUUUAUAAAUUUCAGUUGGAUGAUGAAGAAAAGUAUUCGGGACAGGUUUUAUUUUCAAAUCGAGUGCUUUCGUAAGACUUGUUCGAUUUACUUUUUCCUCUUUUUAGAAAUCUAGUCAAUUUUCUGCGUUUCCCGAGAUGUUUCCAAAAAAUAUUAACGUCAACUUUUAUUAGACAAAAAAUCCGGAAAACUGAUAGGGACCAAUACUAGUUGAACAACCUUUUCUGUUUUUCUUUAAUUUUUCGAAUAAAAGUUGUUUUUUAUUUUUUUGGGAACGUCUCUUUCGUUAUGUUUUGGUCGGUUAAUUAUUCGCUGUGAAGUCUCGACGUGUGCUAGAGACCGAAACACCGAAUUUUACACCCCCGGCGAGAUUAUUUUUUUUCUUUUCAGUUGGAGAUUUUUACCUAACACAAAAGUAGAUUGUAAAAUUAGGUUGUGGGUUGGAAAGUUUCGUUAUAUUGUAUAAAUAUGUUAAUCUGUGUGAGAGAUGUUUUAAAAUUUAUGUUUAGUUAAUAAAGGUUAUUCACCUCUCUAAAA